AUGGCUCCAGGUAGCGGGCGCGACUUUAACUGCUCAUGGGAGCAUUGUGGAAAGUCUUUCAAUCGCAAGUCCGAUCUCUGUCGCCAUUAUCGUAUUCAUACCAAUGAGCGGCCGUAUCAUUGCACCGUAAAGGACUGCAAUAAGAGCUUUAUUCAGCGCAGUGCCUUGACCGUACAUUCGAGGACCCACACGGGCGAAAAGCCCCAUGUUUGUGACCAUGAAGGCUGUCAGAAGGCAUUCUCAGAUUCAUCGAGUUUGGCUCGCCACCGCCGAAUCCAUACCGGCAAGCGGCCAUACAUAUGCCAUGAGCCAACAUGCGAGCGGAGUUUUUGUCGCAAAACCACCCUCACCAAACAUCAACACCGCUCCCACCCUCCAGGGAGUUUGACCCGACCAUCCUCAGAAGAUGCGACCUCCGAGCACUCUUACCACCAAACACCCGUAUCAGUCUCGGUCCCAAGUGAGCAGUACAUGCUCGCCCAGCAACCUUAUUACCCGCAAUCGGCGACUCCAAGUCAUGAGUUUUACUCGCCCCAGAGUGUGCCGAUGGGUACCGUGCCGGUUCACGAAGCUGCCCCUCCGAUCGUGGCCCAGAAUGUACCUGGAACCUCUCCGGUAAACAUGCCACACGCUCAACAGCCACACCCGCAACACCAUGCGCAUCCACAGCAACAUCCGCAGCAACAGCAUCAACAGCAACAGCAGCAAUACUUGCAAAUGAUGCAACGUUACGACACAAACCCACGCGCCAACUAUAUCCCAGAACAAUAUCCGCACCCAUCUUUUCAAGGCCAUCAACUCCCACCCGAGCAGCCAAUGAUGGUUUCUUACAACCCAAACUAUGCGUACAAAACCCCAGGAUCCCGGCUCUUAAAUCAAUCGGAGGGGACUGACUGGACGUUUUUGGGAGUAGGCGGUUAA